AUGUUGUUUGUUCCUAGUACAUUUGAUGUACCACUUUGUUACCAAACCCAGGUUCGGUUGCUUCUUGCACAAGAGCCAAUAAUUCGAGAGGAAAAGAAUCAGCAAGUUAGACAAAACACGGUGUGCAUUCAAGAGAGCAUAACCAUCAUCCUGAGAUCUAGCUGUGCUACUGGAUGGUUUUACUACAAGUCCUGUUGCUAGGGAUACUUCCAGAAGCUGAAGAACUGGUCUGAUGCUGAGCUCGAGUGUCAGUCGUAUGGAAACGGAGCCCACCUGGCAUCUAUCCUGAAUUUAAAGGAAGCCAACACCAUAGCAACGUACAUAGGUGGCUGUCAAAGAAACAAGCCCAUAUGGAUCUACCUGCAUGACCUGCAGAAGGGGCAACAGUGGACGUGGCUCGAUGGGGCCACGUAUAUUUACAGAACUCUGUCUGGCAAGUCCGUGGGUGGGAACAAGUACUAUGCUGAGAUGAACGCCAUGAACAAACACACCUAUGAAACCAACACCCAGACCAAGAAGCAAAGCAUGACCGGCACCCUAGAAGCUGCCCUUGCACUCUGCGUCGUGGUCCGAAUGUGGGUUGGAAAAGAAUUUCCAGACACAAUGCGGAAUGUCAAGAAGACAAUUUAUUAG